UGUUUAUGAUUAUCUUAUUGUGAUGAUUACAAUAGCUUUAUUAUGUCGCUUGGAUAGAAAUUCACCGACAGUCUUUGUCUUGAAAGCUCUUAUAAUGAGACCUGUAAAGGUUCUCAAGAGAUUCUUCGUUAUGGCUUUAACUUUAACUGCAGUUUUUCUUUUUUUCUUCUGGAAUAAUAUUGGAAUUCAAGGCUUGCAGAGCUUUGACCCUGUACCGAUACCAGUGAAGAACAAAGUGUGUCACGUAAACUUUGAUGAUGAAAGAAUUCAACUUGUUAGUAACAAAACAGAUUUGAAAAUGAUUUAUUUUGUGACACCAACGUACCCGAGGCCAGAGCAGGUGCCCGAGCUGACACGGCUCGCUCACACGCUGAUGCACGUGCCCCGCAUCCACUGGAUUGUGGCCGACGACCAGCCCCUGUGCUCCGAACAAGUGGCAAAUAUCCUUAGACGUUCCGGACUUCCAUUCACACACGUAUCAAGCCCGAAGCCAUAUAUAUAUAAAGUGGCCAACUUCCCACGUGGAGUAGCGAAUCGUCGAGUGGCCCUCUCCUGGCUUCUGGCUAACGUAAAUGAAGGCGUUCUUUACUUCGGCGAUGACGAUAACACGGUGGACCUGCAACUCUUCGAUGAAAUAAGAGAUACUAAGAGAGUAUCCAUGUUCCCCGUGGGUCUCAUUGGAGGAUACGGCGUGUCUGCGCCUAUUGUAAAAGACGGGAAGGUGGUCGGAUUCUUCGACUCGUGGCCGGCCGCGCGGAGGUUCCCAGUCGACAUGGCGGGGUUUGCUGUCAACAUCGACUUUCUGAAGCCGUCCGCUACUAUGCCAUAUAUUGCAGGACAUGAGGAAGACAUGUUCCUUGUUAGUUUAGGAAUAAAGUUAGAGGACAUAGAACCAUUAGCUGAGAAUUGCUCUAAGGUGCUCGUGUGGCACACCAAAACGUUAAAAUACCCCAAACCUACUUUAAAGAUAAAUAUUAACCAAUAUGAUAAAGAACUCUCACCAAAGUACGAAAGUUUUGUGAACUUGCUCAAGGAAAUUUCUAGACAGGGCAUGGCCGUUUUAGAUGCCAAAACUGGAACAAAAACAUUAGUGAUACGCGAUAAGAAAACUUAUGAAACUUUAGUUGGCCUUAAUUAAUAU